AUGCGUUCCGCUCAAAUUCUCGCCCUCGCGAUGGCUGUCGCUACCACCGAGGCUGUCUCCCAGGGUUUCAACUACGGCAACAAAAAGGGCGAUGGCAGCGUCAAGAGUCAGGCUGACUUCGAGACCGAGUUUGCGACUGCCAAGAACCUCGUUGGAACCGACAACGCCUUCACCAGUGCUCGUCUAUACACAAUGAUCCAGGGUGGUACCACUAAUGGCCCCAUUGAGGCCAUUCCCGCCGCCAUCAAGGAGAAGACAACCCUUCUCCUCGGUCUGUGGGCUUCCGGUGGUGGCAUGUCCAACGAGAUUGCCGCCCUGAAGUCCGCCAUCGAGACAUACGGCGACGACUUCACCAACCUGGUUGUCGGUAUCUCUGUCGGCAGCGAGGAUCUUUACCGUAACUCUGUCAUUGGUUCCAAGGCCAAUGCUGGUGUCGGUGUCGACCCUUCCGAGCUCGUCGACCAUAUCAACCAGGUUCGCUCUGCGAUCUCCGGUACCUCCCUGAGCGGUGCCCCCAUCGGCCACGUCGACACCUGGAACUCGUGGACCAACAGCUCUAACUCUGCCGUCAUUGACGCCGUCGACUGGCUUGGCUUCGACGGAUACCCUUACUUCGAGAACACUGAACCCAACUCCAUCGACGAUGCCAAGGCACUCUUCCACAAGGGCGUUGCCAACACUCAGGCCGUCGCCGGCGGCAAGGAAGUUUGGAUCACCGAGACCGGCUGGCCCGUUACCGGCGACACCGAGAACCUCGCUGUCGCUAACACCGCCAACGCCAAGCAGUUCUGGGACGAAGUCGCCUGCCCUCUCCUCGGCAAGACCAACACCUGGUGGUACAUCCUCGAGGACGCUGGUUCUACUCCCAGCUUCGGUGUCACUGGCUCCGCCGACAGCACCACUCCUCUGUAUGACCUGUCUUGCAAGGCCUCGUCCUCUUCCAGCUCCGCCGCUGCUUCCAGCGCUACCUCUACCUCCGCUCUUGCUGAGAAGACUGAUUCCGCCUCGUCCACCGCCCCUGCCUCGACUGGUGCCUCCACCUCUGCCGGUUCAGGUGCCGCUGGCUCCGGAUCAACUGCCACCAGCUCCUCUGCCGCUUCCUCUUCCACUGCUGUGAUCAGCAGCGGCCGCCCCUCCACCCGGCCCAAGCCCACUAGCGACUCUUUCAUUUCCAAGUCAGCCUCUGCAUCCGCUGCUGCUACUGGUCCUACUGGCUCCUCCGGCUCCGGCUCUGGUUCUGGUUCUGGUUCUGGUUCUGGUUCUGGUUCUGGUUCUGGUUCUGGUUCUGGUUCUGGUUCUGGCUCUGGCUCUGGCUCCGGCUCCGGCUCCGGCUCCGGCUCUUCAACCGGUUCCUCCACCGCUCCCACACCCGCCCCCUUCAACUCUGCCUCCAGAGUCGCUGGCUCCGCGGCAGGUGCUCUGGUUAUUGCCCUUGCCCUCGCUUUCACUUUCUAA